CAAAUAAUUAUAAUUUACAGAUAUCUAAACUCUAAAGAAGUUCUAUAAAUUAUAAUUGCCAAUGUUAAGUGUAUAAUACUUAGUUUCAAUCUGUAUAUUAUUUAAAAGUUAGUAAAAUAAUUAAAGAGGCUAGUGUUCUAAGUCUUGUAAUAUUUUUAUAGAUAAAAAAUUGCUGGUAUUAGAAAACGUGUGCAGUAGAAGUAUAAUGGAUUGAUCGUCUUCAGUAUUAUUUUACUAUACAGCUCAAUCAAUAGAAUUAAUCAUGUUUUUAAUCCGGAAAUUACUACAUCCCAAAUCUAACAACUUUAAAGAAUUUAUAAAAUGUUAUGUUACUUCAAAAAAUUCCUUAGAAACAAUUGAACCAAAUGAAAUUCAAUGGACUCCAGAUUAUAAUCAGGUGCCGCUGGCACCAAAUAACACUGAUUUUUCAUCCAUCAGUCCAGCCUUGCGUCCAACAUUUAAUUUAGCAUCAUAUGUCAAUGAGUCACCAACGCUACAAGAACUAGUUAAAUUAGGCGUUGAGCUUUAUAAGUUUGACGGUAAACCAGAUGUAAUGGAAACAAUUUUGAAAUUAAAUUUUGAACGAGACAUGAAGCCUUACAUACAAUUUGUAUACAAUUGCGGUGUUCCAACAGAAGAACUGGGAACAUUUUUUACCAAAAACCCAAUGAUAUUUACUCAACAUAUGGAUGAUUUAGUAACUCGAAUAAAUUAUCUUGAGUAUAGAAAAUUUUCUAGAGAGAUGAUUACUGAAGUUAUUCGAAAACAUCCUAUGUGGUUAUCUUACAGUACAGUAGACAUUGAUGCAAGCUUAGGAUUUUUUCAAAACAAAUUUUAUCUUUCCGGAGAUAAUGUUCGCAGUGUUACCACUAAGCUACCAAGACUCAUUACAUGGCCUAAACGAGCAGUAAAUUUAAUUAUGUUUUCCUUAGAUGAAGAAAUGGGUUUUAAUAGGAGUGAAAGGAAAAAAUUACUCUUGGUCUAUCCAAAAGUGUAUAUAAUGUCAAAACAUCAUUUAUUACAACGAUUUAAUUAUGUGCAUCAUAGUAUGGGUAUUAGUCAUGAUAGUAUUGUAAUUGAACCUAAAAUAUUAUCUAGUCGUUUAUUUAGGAUCAAGCAGCGACACGAGUAUCUAAAAUAUUUAAAUCGAGCCCAAUAUGAUUGUACUAAGCCAAAUUUUGUGCCUCUGAUUAAGAUUGUUGAAGGAAGUGAUUCUGAAUUUUGUGUUAAUAUUGCAAAAACAAGUGUAGAAAUGUUUAAUACUUAUCUUAAAACUGUUGACUAACAAUAAUAUUUUUGUA